AUGAUACUGGAUUUUAUCACACGAAUCUGCUUCCGUUCGAUAUACCGCAUAAUUCUCUACGCCGUCCUAGUCAUCUCUGGGUCUCUUGUCUUUGACCUCAUUCAUGUGCUAGCCCACAGAUCACAACGAUCAAGAUUCCCCGUAUUGCGAUUCCUGGCCCAGGCUCAUUCUUUCCACCAUAAGUACUUCGGCCGCGACCUGAAAUUCAACGACGGCUUUCGUGUGCAGAAUCUGGUUUGGCAUGUCCCGCUCGAGUUGUUAUGUCAUUUGGCGGGGAGUGCGCUGAGCUGGUUAUUAGUAAAGCUCAUCUCUUCGGAUACUGUAACCCUGUCAGAACUCGAUCUGGCCUUUGUUUGGGCUUUGCAAAUAGGCCAGGCCUGUCUCAUCGUAUGCCGCUGGGGUCAUGAUUCGAAUCAUGUUCCAUACAAGCAAUUGCCGAUGGACCCUUACUUCUUCUUCGUCGGCCCACAGUACCACGCGAUGCAUCACAUUGCACCUGAUAGCAACUUUGGAUCUAUGAUUCGACUAGUCGAUUGGAUUUUCGGUACUGUGGGUACCCUACGUGGACGACGUGUAGCUAUGACCGGUUCCCGGGGCGCACUCGGACAAGCGCUUACGCAGCAGCUUUCCCUGGCACAAGUCAAGCGGAUCAAACCAUUGCGUUUCGGUAUCGAGUGGAGACUGGACGAAUUUUCCGAACUUGACCCGGUCUUGGCUGAGACUGAUAUACUGAUUCUUGCGCACGGAACAAAGGAGAACAGUUACGCUUUGCAGUCUAACUGUACUUCGGUUCGAACUAUCAUAGACCGAUUUCAAGCCUGCUAUACAAGCUCAGGAGUACGACCGCUGCCAGAAGUGUGGUACAUCGGCAGUGAAGCCGAGCUUCACGGUAGUUGGUCAAAAACUGACGAAGCCUAUACAAAGUCGAAGCGCGCUUUUGUUCCCUUCGCUCGUUCCUACUACAACAAGAAGAAGUUUCUGUAUCGCCACAUCGUUCCAUCGGCGUUUGCGUCACCCAUGGGGUCAGGGCUCGUGUCAGCAGAUUGGUGUUCAAGAGUCGUUUUGUGGUGGAUCUCCCGAGGGGCACGAUAUGUGCCAGUGACAUAUACGGGGCUCGCGUAUGUCAAUUAUUUCUCGUUUGUAUUUGGGUGUUCGACUUUUGUAUGUGACUACGAACUCACGAUGAGGAUUGUGGUGUUGCUAGCGUUGCUUUGUUCGAUUUGCGGAGCCUUUUUGUUCUGUUAA